GCUCUGGCUCCCGCUCCAUUGUCUGGGAACUGCAGCCGCCGGGCGGGCGGACCUGCGGACGCGCAGGCAGCACCGGGGACUCACCCGGCCUGGAGAUGCCGGGCGGACCGCGGCCACCUGAGCCGCCCGCCUAGUCCCCGCCUUCCUUGGGAAGGAUGUGCGCCUGGAUGGCGGGGCGCACGGCCGCGGCUCCCCGGGGGCCCUGCGGCCCCUGGCUCUGCCUCCUGGUGGCCUUCGCCCUGGACAUCGUGAAAGUGGACUGUGACCAGGACCCCCUGGACCCAGUCUACCUGCCGGCAGCCCUGGGACUCCUGGAUGCCCCUGAGCACUUCCGUGUGCAGCAGGUGGGCCGCUACCCCCCUGCCAACUCCUCUCUGGGCUCCCGAUCUGAGACCUUUCUGCUCCUGCAGCCCUGGCCCAGGGCCCAGCCACUUUUCCGGGCCUCCUACCCACCCUUCGCCACUCAGCAGGUGGUCCCUCCUCGGGUCACUGAGCCACACCAACGGCCAGUCCCAUGGGACGUGAGGGCCGUGUCAGUGGAAGCGGCCGUGACUCCAGCAGAGCCCCACGCCCGUGUCCUCUUCCACCUCAGAGGGCAGGAUUGGCCCCCAGGGCCUGGCAGCCUGCCCUGCGCCCGGCUCCAUGCCACACACCCGGCAGGCACUGCUCACCGAGCCUGCCGCUUCCAGCCAUCCCUGGGCGCCUGCGUGGUGGAGCUGGAGUUCCCUUCACACUGGUUCUCCCAGGGCUCGGCCACCCGGGCAGAGCUGGCCUACACCCUGGAGCCAGCAACUGAGGGUCCUGGGGGCUGUGGCCCCGGUGGGGAGGAAGACCCCAGGGAGCAGGCACUCCCAGUGGGCAGUGUGGAGCUGCGCCCAGCGGACCCCCCACAGCACCAAGAGGUGCCCCUGGAUGAGGCAGUGACUCUGCGGGUGCCUGACGUGCCUGUGCGGCCCGGCCAGCUCUUCAGCGCCACCCUCCUGCUUCGGCACAACCUCACAGCUGGUGUCCUGACCCUGCGGAUCAAGGUAAAGAAGGGGCUGCACGUGAUGGCUGCCCGCCUAGCCCAGCCCACCCUCUGGACUGCCAAGCUGGAACGCUUCAAGGGCUCCAAGCACCACACCACGCUCAUCACCUGCCAUCGAGUUGGGCCAGUGGAGCCAAAUUCCAGCAGCCCCCUUGAACUGUCCGAGUUCCUGUGGGUGGACUUUUUGGUGGAGAAUGGCACUAGUGGGGGCGUGGCGGUCACUCGCCCUGUCACCUGGCAGCUGGAGUACCCAGGCCAGGCCCCCGAAGCAGAGAAGGACAAAAUGGUGUGGGAGAUCCUGGUGUCAGAGCGGGACAUAAGAGCCCUCGUCCCACUGGCCAAGGCUGAGGAGCUCGUGAACACGGCACCGUUGACUGGAGUGCCGCGGCGCGUCCCUGUGCGCCUUGUCACCGUGGACAGUGGUGGAGCUCUGGUGGAGGUGACAGAGCACAUCGGCUGUGAGUCGGCCAACACACAGGUCCUGCAGGUGUCCGAGGCCUGUGACGCUGUGUUUGUGUCUGGCAAGGAGAGCCGGGGCGCUCGAGGGGUGCGGGUGGAUUUCUGGUGGCGCCGGCUGCGGGCCUCGCUGCGGAUGACUGUGUGGGCCCCGCUGCUGCCCCUGCGCAUCGAAGUGACUGACACCACCCUCGAGCAGGUCCGAGGCUGGAGGGUACCCGGCCCAGCGGAAGGGGCGCCGGAGCCAGAGGCUGCGGGGGUAGAGGAAGCGGAGCGGCGCGCCCGCGGCUGCCGCCUGCAGUACCAGCGUGCCGGCGUGCGAUUCCUCGUCCCCUUCGCGGCCCAUCCGCUGGACGGCGGCCGCCGCCUCACCCAUCUGCUCGGCCCGGACUGGCUGCUGGACGUGUCCCACCUCGUGGCACCGCACGCUCGCGUGCAAGACCCGCGCGUAGCCUCGCUGGAGGGAGGCCGGGUCCUGGUGGGUCGGGAGCCCGGUGUCACCUCCAUCGAGGUGCGCUCCCCAUUGUCUGACUCCAUCCUCGGGGAGCAGGCGCUGGCUGUGACGGAUGACAAGGUCUCGGUGCUGGAGCUGCGAGUGCAGCCGGUGAUGGGCAUCUCACUGGCCCUAAGCCGGGGCACUGCCCACCCGGGGGAGGUCACAGCCACGUGCUGGGCGCAGUCCGCCCUUCCCGCCCCAAAGCAGGAGGUGGCCCUCUCCCUGUGGCUGUCCUUCUCUGACCACACCCUGGCCCCUGCCGAGCUCUACGACCACCAUGACCUGGGACUGUCCGUCUCGGCUGAGGAGCCCGGGGCCGUGCUGCCAGCCGAGGAGCAGGGUGCCCAACUCCGGGUAGUGGUGAGUGGGGCGGGCACCGAGGGGCUGCCCCUGCACGUGGCUCUGCACCCCCCAGAGCCCUGCCGCCGCGGCCGCCACCGUGUGCCCCUGGCCUCUGGCACUGCCUGGCUGGGGCUGCCCCCUGCUCCCACCUCAGCCCCUGCCCUCCCAUCCAGCCCAGCUCGGAGCUCAUCGCCAGCCCCAGGAGCCAGCGUGGGUGGAGGACGGUGGGCAGCAGGCAGCAUGGGGGGCAGCGGGGAUGUGAGGGGCAAGUUCGAGCAGACAGAGGAGGAGGCCAGGAAGGAAGAGGCAGAAGCUAGGGAGGAGGAGGAGGAGGAGGGAGAGGAGGAGAUGGUCCCCACCCCUCAGCGGGUCACCGACCUAGAGCUGGGCAUGUAUGCCCUUCUGGGCAUCUUCUGUCUGGCCAUCUUCAUCUUCCUGGUCAAUGGCGUGGUCUUCGUGCUGCGCUACCAGCGCAAGGAGCCUCCCGACGGUGCCACUGACCCUGCCUCCCCCCAGCCCCACAACUGGGUCUGGCUGGGCACCGACCAGGAGGAACUGAGUCGCCAGCUGGACCGGCAGUCCCCUGGCCCGCCCAAGGGGGAGGGGGGCUGCCCCUGUGAGAGUGGGGGAGGAGGGGAGGCCCUGACCCUGGCCCAGGCCCAGGCUCCUCCUACUGGGGGCACCACCAGCUCCUCGGGCACCCUGGCCAGGAAGGAAGCCGGGGGGCGGAGGAAGCGUGUGGAAUUUGUGACGUUUGCGCCAGUGCCCCCGGCCCAGCUGCCCGAGGAGCCGGUGGGGGCUCCUGCCGUGCAGUCCAUCCUGGUGGCAGGCGAGGAGGACAUCCGCUGGGUGUGUGAGGACAUGGGGCUGAAGGACCCUGAGGAGCUGCGCAGCUACAUGGAGCGGAUCCGGGGCAGCUCCUGACCCUCCCAGCCUGCCUGGCCCUGCGCCGUGGGCCUCCAGCCCGGGCAGCCUCCCGUUCAUCCUCUGGUGCUUGUUGAUCCGAGUCCCUGCCUGGUCCCUUGCCGGGACUCCCACCCAGGCCCCCUCUGCCCUGCCCCUUGUCAUGGACCGUGGUCGUGAGGAAGGGCUCGUGGCCCUUAUUUAUGAGAACCAUUUCAUCCUAACGUUGGAAUAAACUGAGAAGGAAACUCCA